GCCCCGCCUUCGUGGAGCUGUGACCGUCACGGUCUGGUGCCGCCGGGACCCGGACAUCGACAGGCCUGCGAAUGUUAAGAAUCCUUUAGCCGGCGCUGCGAGGGACACGUGACUUGUCUGCAGUCGCUGCUAACUGGUGUGUGUGACGGUGGAUUGGAUCAGAACGAGGCUGUGCAGCCUGGGACCGCUGGAGUUUUUGUGAGCCCUUGGGAAGCAUGCCUGGAUGAAUGAGAAGUCGGGACAAAGGGAAUAUAGGAUCAGACCAGCACAAGAACAUAACUUUUAAAACGACUGAGUUUUCUUGAUACUUACUGUAUACCUUUUAAGGGAGAAGGAUGAUCCCUUCUCUGCCCACCAUGACUGUCCUCAUCCCUCUGGUCUCGCUGGCAGGCCUGUUCUACUCCGCCUCUGUGGAGGAAGGCUUCCCAGAGGGCUGCACCAGCGCCAGCAGCUUGUGCUUCUACAGCUUGCUGUUGCCAGUCACUGUACCAGUGUACGUGUUCUUCCACCUGUGGACGUGGAUGGGCCUGAAGCUCUUCAGACAUAAUUAGGGUAGCCCAGGCCCCCAUGCUGGGGCUGCGUGUGGAGUCGUGCUUGGGGCAGGAGGUUCCUGGUUGUUGGGUUCUGUCCUCAAGUGUUGCAGAUUUUCCUGUUGGUGCUGUAGCCAAAAAAAUGCUUUCAAUAAAAGGUCUUGAGGGAGAGGAACACGA